AUGUUUAGGUCAAAAUAUGUUGGUUCAUAUGGACCCCUUUCUCGCGAAUGGGAACCUCCACCACAACCUCCGCCACGACCUCCACCGUUGCCACCGCGUAUACCACAAGAAUAUGAUCCGUAUAUUGGUCCAGGAAAAUGGAAUAGAGGUCGUAUUAAAUCGUUUAGUGUGACCGAACACUUUGGCAGUAUUGUAGCAGAUUUUCGUAAUUUGGAAGUUUUUUUCCACCAAUCUAACGUAUACGGAAUUUCUGCGGAGCAGUUAUAUCCAGACUUACCAGUUUGGUUUCAAAUACGUCCAGGUGUAAGAGGAUUAGAAGGAUAUAAUAUUCAACCAGCAAUUGAAAUGAGAGAAUUUCCUUCAACAUCACGAAUUCCAUGGUCAGAACCAGCAGUUCGUCAACCCUUAUUUCCUCUUGGUUCAGAGCCACUUAGAAUGAGAAGGUUACCUGAAAGACGUAGAACAAGACGAUUUCGCUGUUAUAAUUGUGGACAAUAUGCUUCACAUAAAGCUGCUACAUGUCCGUUCGAACCUAUGCGACGACGUUGUUAUCGAUGUCGUGAUCCAAAUCAUUUAAUAGCUCAAUGCCCAUUAUUACAUUCACUUACACCGCAUUGUUAUUUGGUACCUGGACCGUCAACUUCUCAAGUACCCCCACGAUUUUCAGAAGCACGUUUACGCGUACCACAACUGACCUUAACGACAGCACAACAACAGUUACCCCAACAAACCCAACAGCCAUUUAUGCAAUAUUUUUUCCCACCAGGGUUUGGUGAUGAUGAUGACGAUGACCAUAGGGACAGGGAAAAAACAGUCAAUAUCAAGCAAUAA